CCGGCCGGGUACUAAGCCCUGGCCCCCGGUUUCCUGCCCACGCUCCUCCUCCCGUUUCUCCGGGCCCUGAACAACCAGAGCCACCCGGUCGGACCCCUCACUCUCAGCGUGGCCCGAGCCCGGCGGGACGUGCCCGGCGCGGCGGAGAGGCAAAGGGUUCCUAGAAGAUGGGUGACUGGGAAUUGCUGCAGAAACUGCUGGACCAAGUCCAGGAGCAUUCGACCGUGAUUGGGAAGAUCUGGCUCACCGUGCUCUUCAUUUUCCGCAUCCUCAUCCUGGGCUUGGCCGGGGAGUCUGUGUGGGGGGACGAGCAGUCGGAUUUCGUGUGUAACACCAAGCAGCCAGGCUGCACCAAUGUCUGCUAUGACAAAGCUUUCCCCAUCUCCCACAUCCGCUACUGGGUGCUCCAGUUCCUCUUUGUCAGCACCCCCACCCUGAUUUAUCUGGGCCACGUUGUCUAUCUCUCCCGAAAGGAGGAGAAGCUGAAGAAGCAGGAGAGCGAGCUUCGAGCUAUCCACAGCAAGGACCCAAAGAUCGAGCAGGCCCUGGCAACCCUGGAGAAGAAGAUGUCGAAGAUCUGCAUGUCAGAGAGUGGGCGGCUCAAGAUCCGAGGGGCGUUGAUGUGGACAUACAUCACCAGCAUCAUCUGCAAGAGCAUCUUUGAGGCUGCUUUCCUCGUGGGCCAGUGGUAUCUGUAUGGCUUCUCCAUGGUGCCCCGCUACGUGUGCAAGAGGGACCCCUGCCCCCAUCAAGUGGACUGCUUCAUCUCCCGCCCCACCGAGAAGAGCAUCUUCAUCAUCUUCAUGCUUGUGAUGGGCCUGAUCUCCUUAAUCCUGAACCUCCUGGAGCUCUUCCACCUCUGCUGCAAGAACCUGCUUAGCAACAUCAAGAAGGUGUCAGGGCCAGCUGGACCAAGCCAGGACACCUUUGUGGAUGACAUGGUCUCAAGUCCCUACGCACCCAAGCACUAUCCCUUCCUGCCCAUGGCCGAGAGCCACGCGCCCUCCUACCAGACCUACAACAAGCUGUCCAGCGAGCAGAACUGGGCCAACUACCGCAACGAGGAGAACCUGGCACUGGGCAGCAGCACCAGACCACUGUCGGACCCAUACACACCCCAGCCUGCUGAAGCCUCAGCCCCGGAGGAGAAGCUGGGCAGCCGGCCCGGGAGCUCAGCCUCCAAAAAGCAGUAUGUGUAGUGCCGGGCUGGCCCUGGCUGGCAGGGGGACAUUCCUCGGUCCCCUGUGCCUGCAAAGGUGCUGGCUGUGGGCUGGCAGCUGCCUCCUGCCUGGUGCUGUGCCAUACACAUUCCUCUCUGGAGGCUCCAAAGACCUGCCUGCCCUGGGAUGGGAUGGGAUGCUCAGGAGCACGGCCGUGGAGCGCAGCCUCAGCUCUCACCAGUUUUCCCCACAGACCCUGCAAGGAAGGAAACUGCACAUAGUUCCCUGGGACGCCAUGUCCUGUGUGGCUUGCCAUGGGAAAGGGAGACAGUCCUGGAGCCAUGCCGUGGAACAGGCUGUCCCCGAGGCCGUGGCUGGAGGCUGCUGACCACUGGGAGCAGCAGUUCGGCCAGACCCCAGAGCCUCUGCUGGCAUGAGAGCCAGGAGCACAGCUGUGGGAAGCUGCUCGUCUCCAGCCUCCACACAGAGCAGGCUGAGCCGGGGACUGCCGGGAAAAGCUGGGCUGGGGCAGCACUGACCGAUCCUGGCCACCAGCCCCAUCCCAUUCCAGUGGCCCUGGCACCUGCCCAGGGUUUGCUGCAGAAGCUGCCCCCUCCCCAUGGGACACAGAGGGGUCAAGCCAGCUCUGUUGUGACCAGCAGAUCCUAAUGGCUGCAGGGUCACUGUGGGUGACCCAGGAGUGUGAGUUCCCCCCCUCCCAGCCCUGGGCUCUUUCCCAUGGGAUGUGUGCCUUUAAGUUAUUUUUAACCUGCUGCUCUGAGCAUGGAGUUCCUGCCUUAAAGGUGCAGUUUGCAGGGACUUUGGGGAGCCAUGUCCAGCCUGGCCAUGUGCCUUGGAGCCCUGUGGGGUUUAGGGAGGAAUCAGCCCAGCACCUGAUAGUUUGGGGGGUUUUCUGUUUUUUUAUAACUUUGCACUAGUCAUCUCCUGCUUUGGGCUGGGGGGGGUGGGGCGUGGAAGAACCAACUUGUCAUAGGAGCUGUCACCCUGACUCCCCCAGCCCACUGAUGCUGUGAGAGCAGAUUAUUCUCCUGUGACCAAGAGGCUGCAGGUCCUUUGUGACCCAGGUGUGAGUGUGAGGUGUGGGCACUGCCCUCAGCACUGUUUCCCUUCCUCUGGCAGACUCCUUGUUGCAUCUUGUUGAAUA